GGCAUCAGGCGGUGCCGGCCAUGUCAACGGCCCAGAGCCCGGCGACCGUGGUGGCGGCGGCGGCGGUGGAGAAGAGCAAGCACUGGGCUCCGCACGGCCCGGCGCUGACAGCCUGCCUCGUCAGCAUCAACCUGCUGAUGGUCCUCCUCAUCUUCUUCUACUUCUGGCGGUUCUUCUCCGGGAAGCGAGGUCCCUCGUCUCCCGGCGGCGCAAACGACGAGGAGGUGUCGUCAUCGGCCGACAGUUCGCCAGCGAACUCGCCGAGGGGGUCCAGGCGCCUGAGCGACCCCGACCAGCUGCCCGUGUCCGUGUACGACUCGAGCAGCAGCGACGACGCCGUCGGCGGGAAGGCGGAGUGCGCGGUGUGCAUCGUGGAGUUCCGGGACGGCGACCUGGUGCGCCUCUUGCCUCGCUGCGGGCACCGGUUCCACGCGGCGUGCGUCGACGCGUGGCUGCGGCUCCACUCUACGUGCCCGCUCUGCCGCGCUGACGUCGUUGCCCCGGCGCCCACCGCCGCCGAGGCCAAGAACGACGACCCCAAGGACGACGGCGGUGCAGAGUGCCCUGUGUGAGCUGGGCGGAUGAGAUCCACGGCAAUGCAGAGCAGGGGAGGAGCACGUAACGGCGGAAGGCGACAAGAUUCUUUGUCGGCGUCGCUGUCCGUUAGCUGACUAGCUUAGAAGUCGGCGAGGUACGGUUGGCUUCGGCGCCUCCUGUUUUGCCGUGUUGAUCCUGCUAUAAACAUUUCUUUUCAGUUUUGGCCUUUUUGAGGGUCGCCGAGGUAGUACAUAUUUAGACCAGCUUCUUAUAGUUGAUGCGCGGAUGAUUGGAAUUGCAAGAUCAGUAAGUAGUAACAGACUGCCUCUGCGUAAAAGAAUUGGUUGUGUAAUUAAGUUUGUCUGUAAAUUAACAGUACUAGAAAAAUUGAUCAACUUUUUGGUGGGAGAA